GGGGCCGGCAGUAUGAACAUCCUGCUGGAGCUCUUCGUGGUGACUUUCCGGGUGCUCUGGGCUUUCGUGCUGGCCGCCGCCAAGUGGCUGGUGCGGCCCAAGGAGAAGAGCGUGGCCGGGCAGGUGUGCCUCAUCACCGGGGCGGGCAGCGGCCUGGGCCGCCUCUUCGCCCUCGAGUUCGCCCGGCGCCGGGCUCUGCUGGUGCUGUGGGACAUCAACACGCAGAGCAACGAGGAGACGGCGGGCAUGGUGCGCCACAUCUACCGCGAGCUCGCCGAGGCCGCCAGCGCACCCAAAGAUGGAGAAAAAGAUGUGCUGCCCCAUUGCAACUUGCAGGUUUACACGUACACCUGCGAUGUGGGCAAAAGAGAAAAUGUCUACUCGACAGCGGAGAGGGUCCGCAAAGAGGUUGGCGAGGUGUCCGUCCUGGUUAACAAUGCCGGCGUGGUCUCUGGGCACCAUCUCCUGGAGUGUCCUGAUGAGCUUAUCGAGAGGACCAUGAUGGUCAACUGUCACGCACAUUUCUGGACAACUAAAGCAUUCCUUCCCAAGAUGCUGGAAAUGAAUCAUGGGCACAUUGUGACAGUUGCAAGUUCCUUGGGACUGUUCAGUACUGCUGGAGUGGAGGAUUAUUGUGCCAGCAAAUUUGGAGCUGUAGGUUUUCACGAGUCUUUGAGCCAUGAAUUGAAGGCUGCCGAAAAGGACGGAAUCAAAACAACUUUAGUCUGCCCUUAUCUUGUUGAUACAGGAAUGUUCAGGGGGUGCAGGAUCAGAAAAGAAAUUGAGCCUUUCCUUCCACCCUUGAAGCCAGAAUACUGUGUGAAGCAGGCUAUGAGAGCUAUCCUUACAGACCAGCCAAUGAUUUGCACGCCUCGCCUAAUGUAUAUGGUCACCUUCAUGAAAAGUAUUCUGCCCUUUGAAGCAGUUGUAUGCAUGUAUCGGUUUUUGGGAGCAGACAAGUGUAUGUACCCUUUCAUUGCUCAAAGGAAACAGGCUACAAACAACAAUGAAGCAAAAAAUGGAAUUUAACACUGGUUUGGAUGGACUAAGAUUUAUAGGUGAAUAUGAUAAUGUUACAUAAGUAAAUUGUGAAGCACACUUGCAUCUAUGAGAUGCAAAUGUCAACAUCUUACUGUGGCAUUCUCUUGCGUCCUAAACCUGUGUAUUGAACUCUAAAAAUCUUUUUUUUUUUUUAAUAUACUGUAAAUAAAACUGACUAGAGUACUUGGAAAAUGUGAUAGGUAAAGUGAAUUUACAAUGUAGCUGCCACCAUUGUCCUUUAGAAUAUCACUGUAUGUACAGUAAACUAGUCAUACUACUACUUGUAGGGAUGCACUGUGUGAUAUCUCUUCCUCAGCCUGCCAAGGUUUAUAAGAGCUGUCUACAGCUAGAAGAUGCAAUGUUUCAGAAGCUGUUCAUUUUUCCCUAUGGUAUUUGAGAAAGGAGGGAAAUCUUGAGAUUUGAGCUACUACUUAUGACCUUUUAGCAAAUUCAAGGACAGUUUCUGAAUGCAUCUCUUGCUAUAUUAUCCCAAGCUCUCUAAAGGACACAUGGCCAAAUUGUGCUGUAAUUCUCUUUUGUAGCAAUUGUGUGUGUUCUAUUUAAACAAAGAUAAAAUUAAAUUUGUAAAUCUCUGCCGAUUCAAAGGCAAGUGAAUGUCUCAGAAAUACUCUGAGCAAACCUGUACUGGGCAUCUGGUUUUCUAGGAGUUCAGUCAGUGAUUUAAACUGACUUUUUUCAAGUUGCUUGAUUUGAAAUAUGCUCUGUUCUGUUUCCCUCUGCAUAUGUCAGAAUCCAACCUGUUGUUACGGACUAUACGUUUCUUUUCUUCCUACUUAUUCGUACUUCCGACAGAGUUUUCCCACCCCCUGAGGAAGCUGUUGUAUUAAGUUUCUGUAACUGGACUUGUGCCUAAAAGACAAAGCAACUCAGCUGACAUACAAACUGUUUAUGUAACUGCUGGUCAUAUGCCAACUAUUAGCAAAGGAAGAAUAGAAUAACGCCUGAUGCAACUUUACAUGUGGAGUAUAGAAGGGUGUAAAGAUUUUUUUGAGUUGUACUCACAUUGUAGAACAGCAAAUGACAUUUUUACAGUAUUUUUUGUAAAGCGAACAAUUUUGUGCCUUGAAUUUGGUAAUCUGUAUUAGUGAAGCAUUGUAAAAGUGAACUUCUACCUCUGUAUCUUAAUGUAUACCAUCCACUUGUAAACUACUAUUGGACAAUUUGUGAUUACUUUUUUAGAAUGUCUUGUUAAAUAGUGACCAAUGCCUGUGGUUAUUAAAGUGAGCCACCUUUUCCUUAAAGCAGUGAUUGGAAUGCUUCCUUGAAAGACUACUUCAAACUACUUUUGCCUGCUCCUGCUAUUUAGUAUCAACACAGUUCACAUAUUUAUUGCUCAAUUCCUGUAUCCGCUUUGUCAACUACAUGGUUUACAGUCUAAUCUCAUAAAUUGAUCAAUAAGCACUGUGAAAUAAGGCUUUAGGAGCUGACAGUUUUCUAUCAUUUCUAAACUCAUCAAUGAAGUAGCUGGUCAAAGAGCUUCUGAAGAGUACCCAUUUUGGUUUUCUAUAGCGUUUCACUUAGAUCUACAUAAAAAUAGUCUGGUGUGGAUGCAGUUUUAAUGCCUCAAAAAGUAAAUGUAGUUUCAGUCCAACUGCAGUUAUUACUGCGUAUAUAUAACAUGCAAAAUAAAAAAAAAAUCCAAUAUCUGUAU